GUGGCGCUCCAGCCUCGGACCGUAAGGGCGGGGUCCAAAGAGGGGAAGAGGAAGAGGAAGUUGGGGGAGGGUCCUAGCGGGGAGUGAACCGGAAGUGCAAACGGUCCUGCUUCUCGGCCAGGCGGAACCUUCUCUGUUGGGCCCAGUAGCCGCGAAAGAACUUUCUUUCUCCCGCCCGAACGGUUGCUGCGGCCAACUGCCUCGCCCGCCUGGCAGCCUAACCCGCCUUCUCUUCUCUCCGGCCCUGUGUCCUUCUCGCCCGGCGGUAUCCGCUUGCUGCUCCCACCGCCUCCUCGUCUUCUACCCGGCCAACCGCCCUGCCCCGCAGUAGGGAUGUGCGACAAGGAGUUCAUGUGGGCCCUAAAAAACGGAGACUUGGAUGAGGUGAAAGACUAUGUGGCCAAGGGAGAAGACGUCAACCGGACACUAGAAGGUGGAAGGAAGCCUCUUCAUUAUGCAGCAGAUUGUGGGCAGCUUGAAAUCCUGGAGUUUCUGCUGCUGAAGGGAGCAGAUAUUAAUGCUCCAGAUAAACAUCAUAUUACCCCUCUUCUGUCUGCUGUCUAUGAGGGUCAUGUUUCCUGUGUGAAAUUGCUUCUGUCAAAGGGUGCUGAUAAGACUGUGAAAGGUCCAGAUGGACUGACCGCCUUUGAAGCCACUGACAACCAGGCAAUCAAAGCUCUUCUCCAGUGAUGGGUGGAUGGACUGGUAACUCGGGAAGAAGGACUCUCCUGUGGCCUCACACUGCUGCCUGUUUGUCUGUCACUCUCUAUCUGCCAGCUUCUUCAGCUAAAUACUUUAAGAGGGGUGAGGGGAGAGAGAAAUUCAUAACAAAUCAGACUACCAGAAAAAUACCAAUAUUUUGGAGGAGAGGGGAAAAAGCAUGAUCAGGCUUUUACUGGGAUUCCUGAUCAAGUCAGUCUCUUUUCUAUUUCUUAUAAAAUAUACAGCUUAUACCCAAGGGAGAGCAAAGACAAAAUAUACCAAUAACGUGUGACCUUUUCAGCUCCCUAGCUAAUUUAUUAAUUAGAUUGUAUUGAAGGUCUGAUCCUACAAAGGCCAACUCUACAUAUUUGGUAGCCCUAACUGUGCAAGCAGUAGUGGUUACUGCGAAGUAAACUUAGGGUGCUGAGUUAAGCAAUCAGCUCUAGCCUUUCUGCCUUAAGAAUGCACUCUACUGGGGAGCUCCUGGCAUAGUUAAGAGCGCUGCCUGUGGUUGGUGACCAAAUCUUUCCUCAGUGACUUUAAGCUUUAUGUGAAAGCUUAGUUAAGGCGAGGAGGGGCACACUCCUAAAUUGCUGGGUGGCCGAACCUUGGAUUUUCUCUCCCCUUUCACAUGGAUUUUAUGUCUCUUUAGAUAAAACUGACUAGUUUUAUUUAUAAAAUCUUAAAUUUUGGAAGUCUAAAGGAGAAAUCAUUCCAGUAUGCAUAUUUUUUUCUCCUAUAGAUUCAGACAUUUAUAUAGCAUUGAAACACUUUCAAACUCCUGCUGGUAGUAAAAGGGGAUUUAAAAAUAGAAUCAUAGCCAUAAGCCGGUUAGUACCAUAUAAAGAGAGCAGUUGUUGUAGUACCUAUGAAUUGUCUUUAUUUUCUAUGUGAAUGGAUAGAUCUCAGUUAUGUUGGAAGAAUCAAGGAACAUUCUUUGCAAUCUCUCUCUCAGACCCAUUUCAGAUGCUGAUUACUUACUGCACCAAAGCUAUCACUGGGGCGAGAUUUACUAUUUGGACAAAUUUAGCCUCAUUCCUUUUAAAAUAUGCUUGUUACCUGGUUUCCCUGAGUUGUUGAUGUGCUUCUGCUGAACAUUUGCCAACCCACCUGCAUAAUGUAUUUUUGUUUCUUGUAUAAAUCAUGUAUUGCAUAAAGUGUGACAACUCCAAAAUAUACUCUGUAUUCUUAGAAUACAGUGCCCUAAAAUGGUGUGUUUAUGACCUACAAAAAAUAUCUAGAUACUUCUCCAAAUGUUUAAUUCAUGAGCCGUACAACUAACUAAAAUAUAAUUUUAAAUUUGAUAAAAUACUAAGAUUUCUUUGACUUGCCAUCCAUAUAAGUUUACUAAAAGUAUUUGGAAUUUUUUUUAGCCAAGUCAUACAAUAAUUGAAUGUACCUCAAAUUUUUUAAGACGGGAAGGGGUAGUUUAGGGACUGGUAUUCAGAUUGUGGAUAACAAAGAAUUAAUGAUGGUUUUUAAAGGCAAUGUAGCAUUCUACAGCAGGGUUAAAUGAUGAUCACGAACAGUCACCCUAGCUAAUAACAAGUUUUAUCAAUCAGUUGCUGACUGGUUAGUGGGGGGGGGGUGUGGGGGGGGGGGCGGGUGGGGAUGUGUGUGUGUCUGCCCUUGAACCCUUUUUUAUCCUGUAGGCUUUUUCACUUAUCACUAAGCCUGACCCUGUAAUUUUCCUUCGUCCAAGAAAACAAUCACAAAGUGGUGGUUUAAAUACUUUGUUAUAUCUGGCUAAUUCUGCUGUCUUAAUGCAGCUUGUUAGAGUUGGGUUAAAAGUCAGUAAUCAGUACUUUACUACAUCACUGAACCAAAAUACAGACAUCCUCAUUGAAAACGGAGGGCACUCUAUCAGUCUGUCACCAACAUCAUAGAGCAACAGGGUGUUUUGAUAUCUUUGUUUUCACCUCUUGGCAUAAUGCUAUUUAAAAGGAUUGAAUGUUUCCCUUGACACCGUUUUUCACUGUUACUUUCAAAGUGUUUUGUUGUAGUCGGCUAUGGCAGAGAGUGCAUUGUCCUACCAUUCCUAAACCUGGUCUGCAUUCUGCAGUCGUCGUGGUAUAGAAAACAUGUUGAGUCUUUGUACAGUUUAUCCUGGUGUUCCUUGUAACGCAGUAGAGGCUGUUUCGCUUUCCCUCUUCUUUCUCAGCCAUUUUGUAAACCCCAUAAUUAUGAAGCGAUUGCUUGAAAAAAUAACAUGUAAACAUAGAUAGAAUAGACUGACCAAGAUGGUUUAUAAUUUCUUUUUUUAACUAGGUUAUUUAUAAUGUAUUUCUGAACCACUUGGCAGAAAAAUUUACAACACUUAAUGUUCAUAUUUUGAGUAAAAGAAGCUAAAACUAUGUCUGCUUUUUGGUACUACAUGCAUUAGCAAAAGAUUAAAUAAGUUUUGUUCUCCACUGAAGUAAUAUUUAACAUCUCAAAAACCUUGCAUGUUCUGUAGUUUUGUAUUAAACCAGGCAUUUCAUAUGCACUAUAUCAAGUAAAAACAGGUGGUUUACCUGUUUAAAGUAGUGUACUAAUAAAUUCUCCCUUGCAGCUUCAGACUGGUACCUAGAAGACUCCCUAGUUCAAACGCACCUAAAGCUCCCACGUGGUUCUCUGUGUAGCUCACCUUUCUACACCCAGCUGGGCAUGGAGGAGAGAUAAUAGGUGCAGUGUAUAGAAGCUGCAAACAAGGGAGCCCUUUAGUCAUUAAUUUCUUUCCCCAAUAAUGAGUUUGAAAUGUACAUGUACCUAUUUGAUUUUUUUUUUCUAAAACUUCAGCUGAGCUUCUGUUUUCUUCCAUGAAAUACUGUAUGCUCAAUUGUGUGUAGAAGAAGCUGGUGAGAGUGCCCUCCUACAUAAAUAAGCAAUUGCAGUGUUUUGCAUGCAAAAUUUAAGACUUAAAUUGUCCUGAUUAUAUUUUGCAAAUGGAGAAACAAUCAUAUCUUUCUAAGCAGUAAUGGAGGAAGACUAGUACUUUGUGCAUUUUGAUAUAUCUGAGUUCAUUUUUCCACAAUGUCAUAUUUUGGACACAGUUGGGUUUCUCAUAAGUAUCCUAGUUCAUGUACAUCCGAAUGCUAAAUAAUACUGUGUUUAAGUUUUGUGUUGCAAGAACAAAUGGAAUAAACUUGAAUUGUGCUACA